GUACCCAGAAUGCAAAGUGGGACUCCGAAACCUCAGCAGCCCCAAGCCUUUCUGGUUAUCAUGGCGAUAAGAAACACAUCCUCGCCCUGACUCCCCGCGGCAGAAGCACUGGCAGCAGCAAAGAUUUCUUCCUUCUGAUUCAUGCAAACACACACCGAGGUCCGUGCAGUGCGGAGACCUGCCGGAGUUUCAGCCCACUUUGAGAGGAGGACAUAGCGAGUGACCGUCAUGGCAGCGUCCGAGCUGUACACAAAGCACAGAGACGAUAAACAUCUGAGCAUUGCGCGGGUCAGAAACGCCCACCUCCUACGGCAGGCUGUUGGUGAUGUCACGCAGCGAGAGCUGCAGCUGAUGGAGAGGAAAACACCUGCUGGUGAAUCCCGGGCUUCGACACAAUGGGCCGGUUCUGCUCCGGAGCUCAUCGCUCCACCAGUUAGCAUCUGGUCCUGUGGCCUGUGUGUGACUGGAGACAUCCAGGAAACCAGCAGACACAGCAUGAGCAUAUGUGAUGAGCUGCAGACCCAAACCAAGGUGCUGAGCCACUUCAGUCAUGUGACUUGUGACUCUGCUCGAGUGUGGAUCCCCGAUGCAGAGGAGGUGUGGAAGUCUGCGGAGCUGAUAAAGGACUACAAAAAUGGCGACGCCACUCUGCAGCUCAUGCUGGAGGAUGGAACGAACAUCGACCACAAGCUGGACCCCAAGACGAAGAACCUGCCUUACCUACGAAACCCAGACAUCCUGGUUGGCGAGAACGACCUCACAGCUCUUAGCUACCUCCACGAGCCAGCCGUGCUCCACAACCUCAAAGUUCGAUUCAUCGACUCAAAGCUUAUUUACACUUACUGCGGCAUCGUUCUUGUGGCCAUCAACCCCUAUGAGACUCUGCCAAUUUAUGGAUCGGACAUCAUCAAUGCCUACAGUGGUCAGAAUAUGGGAGAUAUGGACCCACAUAUUUUCGCUGUGGCAGAGGAAGCUUACAAACAGAUGGCCAGGGAUGAGAGGAACCAGUCGAUAAUUGUGAGUGGGGAGUCCGGAGCAGGAAAGACGGUCUCGGCCAAAUAUGCCAUGAGAUACUUUGCCACAGUCAGUGGCUCAGCCAGCGAGGCCAACGUAGAGGAGAAAGUGCUGGCUUCCAACCCCAUCAUGGAGGCCAUUGGAAAUGCAAAAACGACAAGAAACGACAACAGCAGCCGUUUUGGCAAAUACAUAGAGAUCGGUUUUGACAGCCGCUAUCGCAUCAUUGGUGCCAACAUGAGGACAUAUCUGCUGGAGAAAUCACGUGUGGUGUUUCAGGCGGACGAGGAGAGGAAUUAUCAUAUAUUCUAUCAGCUUUGUGCGUCAGCUCAUCUGCCCGAGUUCAAGAAUCUGAGGCUCAGCAGUGCAAACGAUUUCCUGUACACCAGGCAGGGCCGCAGCCCCGUUAUCGACGGCGUGGACGACACCAAGGAGCUUUGCACUACUCGAAAUGCAUUCACUUUGCUGGGUAUUAAUGAGUCUUAUCAGAUGGGGCUCUUCCAGGUUUUGGCUGCUAUUCUUCACCUAGGAAACGUGGAGAUAAAGGACAGAGAUUCAGACAGCAGCCUUAUUGCGCCUAACAAUCGCCACCUGACAGCGUUCUGUGAGCUGGUAGGUGUGACCUACCAGGACAUGUCCCAGUGGCUGUGCCACAGAAAGCUGAAGACGGCCACAGAGACUUAUGUCAAGCCCCUCCCUCGCCUUCAUGCCACCAACGCUCGUGAUGCCCUCUCCAAACAUAUCUACGCCAAGCUCUUCAACUGGAUUGUAGCACAUGUCAACAAGGCCCUGGUCACCAAUGUUAAACAGCACUCCUUCAUCGGUGUUCUGGACAUCUACGGGUUUGAGACCUUUGAAAUCAACAGCUUUGAGCAGUUCUGCAUAAACUACGCCAAUGAGAAGCUCCAGCAACAGUUCAACAUGAUGCCGAGAGGUUCAGAUGAUUCAUGGGCUCAGAAAUUGUACAACACCCACCUGAAGACCUGUUCUCUCUUUGAGAAGCCACGCAUGUCCAAUCGCGCUUUCAUCAUUCAGCAUUUUGCCGACAAGGUAGAGUACCAGUGUGACGGCUUCCUGGAGAAGAACAAGGACACAGUGAAUGAAGAACAGAUCAAUGUUAUGAAGGCCAGCAAGUUUGACCUGCUGGUGGAGCUGUUCAAGGAUGAGGAGAAGGCAACCACUCCUACUGGUCAAGUCCCCGGCACCGGAGGCCGAACCCGCCUCAGCAUCAAACCCGAAAAGAGCCGAGAGACGAGCAGCAAGGAGCACAAGAAGACUGUCGGCUGUCAGUUCCGCAAUUCUCUUCAAAUGCUGAUGGAUACUCUGAAUGCCACCACUCCUCACUAUGUGCGCUGCAUCAAACCCAAUGACUAUAAGAUGUCCUUCUCGUUUGACCCCAAGCGAGCGGUGCAGCAGCUCAGAGCUUGUGGUGUCUUGGAAACCAUCCGCAUCUCUGCUGCCGGCUUCCCAUCAAGAUGGACAUACCAGGAGUUCUUUAGCCGCUACAGAGUGCUGAUGAAGCAGAAAGACGUUCUCGCUGACAAGAAACUGACCUGCAAGAACGUUCUUGAGAGAUUAGUUCAGGACCAGGAUAAAUAUCAGUUUGGUAAGACUAAAAUCUUCUUCAGAGCUGGUCAGGUGGCUUAUCUGGAGAAACUGAGAGCAGAUAAGCUGCGUGCUGCAUGUAUCCGCAUCCAGAAAACCAUCCGCUGCUGGCUGGCACGCAAGAAGUACCUCCGUAAGCGCAGCGCUGCGAUUACCAUCCAGAGGUUCACCAGAGGCUACCAGGCCCGCUGCCUGGCCAAGUUCAUGCGCCGCACUGAGGCAGCCACCACCAUCCAGAAGUACCAGAGGAUGUAUGUCAAGAGGAAACUGUACAAGCAGAAGCAGGCAGCUGCUUUGGCUAUUCAGACGAUUCUCAGAGCCUACAUGGCCCGCCAGAAGUACCAGGCGCUGCUGCGGGAGCAUAAGGCAGUCAUAAUUCAGAAAUACAUUCGUGGUUGGUUGGCCCGCUGCUGGUAUAAGCGCUGCCUCGAGGCCAUAGUCUACCUGCAGUGCUGCAUCCGCAGGAUGAGAGCCAGGCAAGAGUUGAAGAAGCUGAAGAUUGAGGCUCGCUCAGUGGAGCACUUCAAGAAGCUUAACAAAGGCAUGGAGAACAAGAUCAUGCAGUUGCAGAGGAAGAUCGAUGAGCAGCAUAAGGAAAACCGUUUGGUCAAUGAGAGGCUGGUUGGUUUGGAGAGUUCCUACACCGUGGAGACUGAGCGUAUGCGUACUGAGCUGACCCGGCUGCGUGGAGCGGAUGAGGAUGCCAAAAACAAAGCCAACCAGGUGUCAUCCCUGCUGGAGGAGCUGGAGAGGCUGAAGAAGGAGCUGAGUGCCACACAGCAGGAGAAGAAGACUAUCGAGGACUGGGCACAAACCUACAGAGACGAAAUGGAGAAGAUGGUGUCGGAGCUGAAGGAUCAGAACGGAAUGCUGAAGAAGGAGAAGGAAGACUUGAACAGAAUGAUUCAGGAACAGAGUCUUCAGAUGACAGAGAAAAUGGCUCGUACCUUAGCAGCAGAGACGCAGCAGCUGGAGAUGGACCUGAACGAAGAGCGCUCUCGUUACCAGAAUCUGCUGACGGAACACCUUCGGCUGGAGGAGAAAUACGACGACCUGAAAGAAGCAAUGGCUCUCUCUUCGAAUGUCUCCAAGCCUGGCCACAGGAGGACAGACUCCACCCACAGCAGCAACGAAUCAGAGUACACCUACAACUCAGAAUACGCCGAAUUGGAAGAAGGUUCCCGUGCAAGCGAAGACGUGACGCGAGGCAUGGACACAUCACUGACUCUCAAGCUGCAGAAACGUCUCACAGAACUGGAACAAGAAAAGCAGUCGCUACGCAACGAGCUGGAGAACAAAGAGGACCAGUUCCAGCGGGCUAGAGCUAGGGAUGAUGCACAGUUUAAGAAGGCUCGUGGGGCAGAACUGGAGUACGAGUCCCUGAAACGUCAGGAGCUGGAGUCAGAGAACAAGAAGCUGAAACAUGACCUGGCAGAAAUGAGGCAAAGCCUGCUGGGUAAUGCAGCCACAGGGGCCGGGGCCCCAGGCUCCCCAGCAUAUAAGGUGCUGCUAGACCAACUCAACUCUUCCUGUGAGGAACUGGAUGUCCGCAAAGAGGAGGUGCUGAUACUCCGCUCCCAGCUGGUCAGCCAGAAGGAGGCUAUGCAUCACAAGGAGACAAUGACGGAGCCCUCUGUGUUUGCCGAUGAUGUGAACAAACUGAAAGAUGCUGAUGAGUUAAAGCAAGCUUACGUUGGCCUCAAAGACACCAACAGAUCUCCUAGGUUCAUGCGUCAGUCGCUGGAUGUCGGCGAUCUCCUGAGUCAGCUCAGAUCUGCGGCUCCAGACCUCCAUAAGCUGAAUGAGGACGGGGAGCUGUGGUUGGUUAAUCAGGGCUUAAAGGACACCAUCAGGUUACUGGAGCACCAGCUGCAGACUCAGCGGAGAACCUACGACAGCGAGGUGGAGUCUCUGCGAGGCGAGCUGCAGAACGUCAAGGAGGACAACAACCGACAGCAGCAGCUUCUGGCCCAAAACCUCCAGCUACCUCCGGAGGCCCGUAUCGAAGCCAGUCUGCAGCAUGAGAUCACCCGGCUCACCAAUGAGAACCUGGACCUCAUGGCUGCCGACCCCACAGCAUCCAGGGAGGCCCGAGUCAUCAUUUUACGACGGAUGGUUGAUCUCAUGGAGCAGCUGGAGAAGCAGGACCGAACCAUCCGCAAGCUCAAGAAACAGCUGAAGGUUUAUUCCAAGAGGAUCGGAGAGAUGGGAGGUACAGCGGGUCAAACCGAGGGUCAGACAUCUCCGGGACAGAUGGUAGACGAGCCCAUGCACCCUGUCAACAUACCCCGCCGCGAAAAAGACUUCCAAGGAAUGCUGGAGUACAAGAAGGAGGAUGAAAUGAAACUGGUUAAGAAUCUCAUCCUCGAGCUGAAGCCUCGUGGUGUGGCGGUGAAUCUGAUCCCCGGUCUGCCGGCCUACAUUCUGUUCAUGUGUCUGAGACACGCAGACUAUGUCAACGAUGACCAGAAGGUCCGCACGCUGCUCACAUCAACCAUCAACAGCAUAAAGAAGAUCCUGAAGAAACGGGGAGACGACUUUGAGACCGUGUCUUUCUGGCUGUCCAACACCUGCCGCUUUUUGCACUGUUUGAAACAAUACAGCGGAGAUGAGGCCUUUAUGAAGCACAACACAACUCGACAGAACGAGCACUCUCUGAACAACUUCGACCUUGCUGAAUAUAGACAAGUGAUCAGUGACCUGGCCAUACAGAUCUACCAACAGCUGAUCAAAUGCAUGGAGAACAUCCUCCAGCCCAUGAUAGUGUCCGGCAUGCUGGAGCACGAAACCAUCCAGGGCGUGUCAGGGGUGAAGCCCACAGGCCUCCGGAAGCGCACCUCCAGCAUCGCUGACGAGGGCACCUACACCCUGGACUCCAUCCUGCGGCAGCUCAGCGCCUUCCACUCCACCAUGUGCCAGCACGGCACCGACCCCGAGCUCAUCAAGCAGGUGGUGAAGCAGCAGUUCUACAUCAUCGGAGCCGUCACGCUCAACAACCUGCUGCUCCGCAAGGACAUGUGUUCCUGGAGCAAAGGCAUGCAGAUCAGGUACAACGUGAGCCAGCUGGAGGAGUGGCUCAGAGACAAAGGCCUGAUGACAUGCGGAGCCAAAGAGACACUGGAGCCUUUGAUUCAAGCCGCUCAGCUGCUGCAGGUGAAGAAAAAGACAGACGAGGACGCAGAGGCCAUCUGCUCCAUGUGCCUGGCCCUCACCACAGCUCAGAUCGUAAAGGUUCUGAACCUCUACACUCCUGUCAACGAGUUUGAGGAAAGAGUGUCAGUCGCUUUCAUACGAACCAUACAGACUCGCUUGCGAGACCGUUGUGAGACUCCCCAGUUGCUAAUGGACACAAAGAUGAUAUACCCGGUCACCUUCCCGUUUAACCCCUCCACCUUGGCCCUGGAAACCAUCCAGAUCCCCAGCUCGCUUAACCUGGGCUUCCUCACCCGUGUCUAACCCAGUCCUGCAGGACCGCCCUGAGCACUACAGCAGCCACCGCUGGAAAUGCAAGCCACAUGACAUCCACCGCAUUCAGACACUCUGAAAUCAGAUGUAGAUUACACGAUUUGAACAUCCCUGUCCAGUCUAUUUGCUGACAUGUUCACACACAAAAUGCAGCUCUGAACAUUCAUUCCAUCGAAAACUCUCGCAUGCACUUUCUCUCCUUCAAAAGAUUAGACACACACAGCACCAAAAACCGCUGCCACAGGUUUAAAUCUUGCCUCAAGGCACCGGCUGCCAUCCUCUGCUUGUAUAAACGCUCUCCACUUAGAGAAGCCACAGGUCCAGAUCACCACCUGCGGGGCUGGCUCUCCAUCAGCAGCCGGUCUCCGCCUCAGUGGUCCCGACCGCCCUCACCCCUCAUCCUUUCUCUGUGUUUCCAGCAAAGGUCAAAGGUAGCUGUCAUUGUCGUCUCCACUGAACAUGCACACACACUGACAUGGGGCAAGUUAACCUCACAAAAGGAGUCAUUUGGUCAGCAGCACUCUGAAAUGAGUUUGGAGUGUGAAUACAGCUGAGAGAUAAUGAGCAAAUGUUAGCCCCACCCCCCAAAAAAAAACAUCCAUUAACCGCUUAACAGGUGGCAUCCUGUAUGUUGUCAUUUCAACCUCUGAUUAUGGUCAAGCCAGGACAAAAGUCACCAUCUGUACUAUAUUAUUUAUACAUAGAUAAAUCUAUAUAGAUAUGAAUAAUAUAUAGCCUGUACUUAAUUUAUUGCAGUUAGUUCCGCUCCCAUCCUCGAUUUUAAGAUUAGAAGCUUGCUCAUUGCAGAGUGAAGGAUGGGACCACCACAUCUCGCUAUUAACAGCUUUGUGUAAAGUAUUAGUUGCACUGUAGUCUAUUUUAUGUAGUCUAUUUAAGAUAUAUGGUAGAGUUUGAUGGCUUCCAGCACAUGAUGUUUUGCCAAGUCACGUCUUAAGCGUAAGAGAGGUCACUCCGUCACGCAUUCCUGGCAGAUGAAGUGUAGCGUGGGAUUUUCUUUUCUUUCUUUUUUUUUUUAACAUACGAGGUCUAAACUCUCUGGGUGACCUUUACCGUUUACAGCUGUUAGCAGAACCGGAAGGAAACACAGAGAAAUCUACUCGUCCAUGAACACUGCGGUGCAAACACCGAUCAUGUGCACAGUUUAACGCUCUGCUUGCUCCUCUCUCUGCUUUUCCUCUGCUCAGAGCCUUGGAAAAACGUGUCAUCGUUGUCAUCGUGGGAUUAUUUAUCUCUGUUUUGUUUUGUUUUCUGUUUUUUAAACUUAUGUUUGUAGUAAAUCCAUGUUUCACAGAGCAGAAUGGAUGGGGAAAGAUAUCUUUGGAAGUCAGAUGUAUUCAUUUUGUCCGCUGUUUACCCAAACUGAUGCUAACAGCAGCCCCUCGCCUUCCUGUUAGGUGGCACAAAGUGGACUAUUGUUACCGAAACCCAACAAGUCUGCGUGGAAAACAUUUUUUCUAAUAAAUUUUCAUUUGUUCAUGGUAGAUUUGUUUCUUGCACAUUUUGUUUUUUUUCUGACAUCAGCCACUUGCUUUAGAGCAUGCCACAGUGAUACAGAGGUAUUAAUUGUAGAGCAUACGCUGCUGCUGCUGCUGUCCUUCCUUAAGCUGCAUGGACUGAGCUGUACAAGCGCCACCAGCCACAGAACCAGUCUGCAUGUCACCAUUUUUAAAGAAAGAGACGCCCCAGUGGAGUCCAGCUGUGUGACAAGUUAGUAGUAAUGCUCCCAAGUUGUCACAGAGACAUUUUUGUCUUCAUUAAAGUCCCUGCUGCCCUCUGUUCAGCACCGUUUUCUUGACUUCCUGUUUUGCCAUUAGUAUUAACAGUAAGAUUUGUGAACCGUCUUUAGCUCAGCGACCUAACUUUUAGAGUCAUUCUUCUUCUUAAUAUUAUUCUCAUGUGCUACUCCAAUCUGAAGGAAAAUUUCCUGUGUGGACGGUCAUCAGAACUGGUCUUUAUUUUUAGAAAGUUUUUCCUGGGAGAAUUAAGAAAAAAAAAGUUUGAGGACACAGAAUAUCUUUGCUGUGACAUGAGCCAUUUAAUAUCAACACAGAGAGCAAGGCGAUGGAGGGAAAAAGACACAUCACAGAGAAAUAUCUCAUUAAAUGCUGUACUCUCUCUCAGAGUUCAAAUGAUAUGGUGGGAAAAUAUUCUGGGACGCUUUUAUCAUCCCCAUGAGCUGACUGGGACCAUUUUAUCAAUCAGCCUUCUUUUCCUUGUUCUCUUGGAUCUGUAUGUAACGUACAAACAACAAAUCUUAUGUAAAGACAACAUAUCUGGAAGGAUGGUAGAGGAAGGAGUCCGCCAACCACAUGAAUGUUUUUAAGGUAAUCAAGUGUUUUCAUGAUUUCAGCUGCACAUUGUAGACAAAGCCUUACCUGAAUUACUUGCUACGUGAAUGACAUAUAUCAUGGACUUUGUGGCAUUGUUGUUUGCUGUAAGUGCAGUAUUCUUCUUCUUCUUCGCUUUUUUUUCCUCUGUAGGAAGUGUAGAUGUUUGUUUGAACGUGACCAUUUUGUUUUGAUGAUGUGCUCUCUGGUCCAACAGCUGGUGUCACAGAUGGGUUGCACUGUUUAUCCGUCAGCCAGAAUGCAUUUCUCUGUCACACCACAGAGGAACGUUGAUAAAAAUAGAUGGAUAUGGACUCUGCACUAUUUCUUUUCGUUUUGUUUCGUUUCAAAUGAUUGUUUUCUUUUGAUUUCUGCCAGGUUUUGACACAACUGUGGCCUGUAAAAGCUUCCUCUUUGCACGCUCCCUGUUUGACUGGAUGAUUCUGUUUCUUCAGCCCUUUCAUUAACUCAACCAAUUACAUAAAGCCACAGGUGACAGAUGCAGCUCAGGCUGAGUUGAGAGAUGGCAAUGGGAAAGCUGGCCUGGUUUCAGAGGAGGGGAAAACAUGUAUUCAUCUCUCGGUUUGUAUUCUUCAGCGGAGACAGUGUGGCGUUUCUAUUUUCCCGGCUUCUUGUGAGAAAAUGUCAUUGCUUCUCUCAUUUUCCUCUAGCUUUUUUGUCCACAUGAAGGAGAGAGUCAAUUGUAAGAUAUGGCAUAGCCAUUAUAAAUGACCAUUGUUCUUAUCUGCACUAGGAUUAUCCAUGCCAUUUUAAAACUAGUUGAAAACAGAAAUAUGUGACGGCCCCGGCUGUCUUGGUACUGGUGUAAACAUGCCAGGAUCAGAUGUUUUCCCCCAAAUCCAUGUGUACAUUUGACAAACUGGACUGUUUGUAGUUUCUGGUAGCUGUGCUUCGUGAAUGUGUUCACCGUUUAAGAAACUUGGAACAAAUUGUCAAACCUGUAAAAGUAAAAUAAAAGAGUUCAGCACUGUCCGAUUGUCAGUGAGAGAGCUGUUGUGUUGUGUUGUUUCCUUAAAAAUUAGACCCUCUUUAACGUA